AUGUCGGGGAAUGAGAACCAGGAAGAAAACAAAAUUCCCCAUGCCGAUAACGAUUUCCUACAGCAGAGAUGGCCUGGAUGCAAACCUUUUUUAACUCCUUGCAAAGGAGCUUUGAUUUUCCUAUUUUUCGGAAUCGUUAGUUUUGCAAUCGGAAUUCCAUACUUUAUAGUCUCGAAAGACAUGAAAGAGUUUAUAUAUGAUUACACUGACUUAGAUUUUGGAACAAUAACAGCUAAUUUCACCGUAGACAAAAAUUUAACCGGAAACGUAUGGAUGUACUACCAGAUUACUCAUUUCUUCCAAAACAACUUCAUAUACUCAAGCUCAAAAAGCCUAGAUCAGCUUAAUGGCCUUUCAUACGAAAAAGCCAGCACAAAACUCUGUGAUUCUGUUCGUUACGCAGAUGAAAAUGAAACUAAAAUCUUCCUCCCAUGCGGUGCAGUACCUCAUUCUGUAUUUAACGACUCAUUUACUUUCGGUUCAGGAUUUCCUUCUUUGGACCGUGAUUCCAUAACUCCAAAAGACUACCAAAAAGCAGUUAAAAAUUUUGGUUCGGGGUAUACAUCCGAAAAUACAGUUUUUGUUAUAAAUGAAACAGAAUUUCCAGAUGGAGUCCACAACAAAGAUUUCAUCAACUGGAUACAGAUAUCUCCAUUCUCCAAGUUCAUUAAAACCUACGCAAAGCUCGGAAGUAACUUAGAAAAAGGGACUUACAAUGUUACUAUUAAUAACAAUUAUCCUGUGAAACCAUUCGAUGGUACAAAGAGUAUCGUAUUCUACGAAGUCAAAUGGAUGGGUUCUGCCAAUAAAAACGCUGGAAUUUUCUUCAUUGUCAUUGGAGGUGUCAGUUUCGUGUUGGCUGUCAUAUUCUUCUUACUACAGCUCACGAACGCAAUGCCUGUGUUCAAAGUUGUCGUUGUUGACCGCCAUUCUUCAAAUAUGUCAUUUAUUCACUAA